AAUCAUAAUCUCUGUUUAUCGUGUGGUCAUUAUAGUUAUAGUGGAUCAGUAAUUUUAGGCAAGGUGCCAAUAAAAUUCCAGAAAUAAACUUAAUUUUAGGCGUACCAUCAAUCUGCGUAGACCGCAUAUUGCAAACUUAUUGGUAUUAAGAUUUUAUUAACGCGUAAUGGAUCGUCAAAUCCAUUCAAGUGGUCAUGGUUCAUUUCGGAGCAGAGGCUCCACGUCUUCGACUGGAAGUGAUGCUCAGGAGAAAAUAAAGGAUUGCCUCCGAAAAUUUAUAGCUUUUAUGUUUACUCAAGUGGGUGUGGGUGCCCUUGUUGUGUGCUAUGCAAUACUCGGAGCUGCAAGUUUUAUGCAUAUUGAAAAAGAUUGUCCUGAUGAACAGCUUGAGAAUGUUAAGCAAUGGCGGAAAAGCUGUGUUGAACAACUGUGGAAUAUAACUAACAGAUAUAAUAUACUAAACCAGACAGCUUGGAUGUAUAAUAGCAAUGCUGUACUGAGAGUUUUCCAAAACAAUAUAACCUCGGCUGUACAUCUAGGCUACAAUGGCCGGAGUCCUGAAGACGUCUGGUCUUUUCCAGCUGCAUUGAUGUAUUCACUAUCUGUAUUCACGAUGAUUGGAUAUGGCAAUGUAAUUCCAAAAACAAUGUGGGGUAAAGUUGUAACUAUUGCCUAUGCCUGUUUUGGUAUUCCCAUUUAUGUUUUGUACUUUUGUAAUAUGGGGAAAGUUCUUGCUCAAACAUUUAAGUGGUUGUAUAUUACUGCACAUGAAUGCAGUCGCCACGAGGAUGCUCUUAUAGAAGAUGGUGAAAUACAGCCAAUAAAAAGAAAAGUCACUGUACCUUCAACAGCUUGUCUUUGGGUUAUUUCUUUUUAUAUUCUCACAGGGACUAUCAUGUUUGGUGCAUGGGAAAAAUGGAAUUAUUUAGAUUCAACAUAUUUUUGUGUUAUCAGUUUAUGUAAAAUUGGUUUUGGUGAUUUUGUGCCUGGAGCAAAUAUAGCAGAUUCAGCUGAAGGUUCUCACUUAAAGUUGGUCAUCAAUUUUAUUUAUGUCCUCCUGGGUAUGGGGUUAGUCGCUAUGUGCUAUAAUUUGAUGUGUGAGGAUGUGAGAGUCAAAGUGUGUGAAUUAAGAGAAGAAUUAAAGAACUGCUUAGACGAUAUCACUCUUAAGAUAACAGUGUGCAUGAACGACACUAAAUAUUACCAUCAAAAGCAAACUAGAAAUAUUAAGUGACAUUCAUGAUUUGAUACUGGAUCAUGGUUUCACUUAUGAGUUUUACUUUGUUUAGGUUUAUAAAGAUACCUAUUACACAUUAUAUUCCUCAUAAUUUUUUCUCUGAUGCUGAUGCAAGUGUGCAGAGGUGACCAUAUUCACUAUUUCCUGUGACCUGCCAGUGAUACUGUGAAUUUGUUUGUCGAGUUGAGACUGAGACUCAUAGUUUUAUUAACUGUAUCCCUUUAAACUUAAGGCAUGAUCGUGCUGCAAAGGAAUUGGUGUCAUUGCAAAUCUGCCAGCUUACUGCGCAAACAAGACUCCCACUGGUCACAUGUUGGUGUCAUGUCUCAAUUAUCAUUUACAAUAAUUAUUGAUGUCUUAUAGUGACAUCAUGGACAAAAUAAAGAAGAAGAUAAAUACCAUUAUAAAUUUAAUUUAAAGAAAUUAGAUAUAAAAUUAAUAUUGUUUUACCUAGCUAUAUAUAAUACACAAAUUUUAGAGAUAAACAAAUCAAUGUAGACACUUCCAUUACAUUACAUUAAAUGUCUUCCAGUUUAGAGCAUUUGUUGCCCCAUGUAGUAUGACAUCAUAAUCUAUAUAUAUAAAAAUGAAUUCCUGUUCAUUAGUCUCGCAAAAAUUCGAGAACGGUAGAACCGAUUUGGCUAAUUUUGGUCUUGAAUUGUUUGUGGAACUGCAGAGAAGGUUUAAAACGAAUUGAAUAAAUAUAAAAAUGCUCGGAAUUAAAUAAAAACAAACCUUUGAUGUGUCCCCCGUCUUGACAUUCAGAAAUCAAAUUGAAUGAAUAGUUUAAAAUGCAAUGGUGCAACCGAUAGCAAUUGAAUAUAAAAAUUAUUGUAGUACGAUAUAUUUUAUGUUCGAUUUAACAUUUGGUAGGUCUGAGAAUCGGUCGUCAUCUAUUUUUUACACCCUAAAAAAUUUAAUUAUUUAUUUUUUUCUUAUUACUUUAUGUAUGGCAAUACAACAUUUGCUGGGUCAGCUAGUAACCAAUAAAUAAGCAAGUAUAAGUUGGAAAUUGAUAUUUGUUACCAUUUAUUUAUUUCAAAUAAUGAUCAUUGACAUAUUAUCAGAAGAGCGAUGUGUACGUAGGGGUUGGUAGUGUGUUCGCAGCUGAUUUAUGUACCCCGCAGGGAGAUAGGAAGCUAAAAAGAGCACUGUCAUGGUCUAAACACUCAAACCUGUUUUUUUUCAGUUAGAAAUUGUCUUGACUCGGUGAGCCUAAUUAAGGGUUAAUGUUGGUUAAAAAAAAAACCUCUUGAUUUAUAUUAAAAUAAUAUAUCUACUCUGUUAGUUUAUGGUCUGACUUAUAUUUAAUUAAUAAUAAAACUAGUAUAAUAUGCCUUACUUUUGUUGCAAAUAUAAAUAUGUUAAUUUUAUUAUUUGUAAUCUCAAUAGAUGCUUGUACUUAUGCAUUAUUAUAGUUAAUUGUAAAUAAUUAUGCAAUUAUAAUAUUAUAUUAUUACUUUUUAAUUCGUCGAUUUCUUUCCUGUAUUGUUAAAGGUCACUU